CUUUUUUUUCCUCCCCAUGUCGAGUACCGGGACGAAGUAACGUGGCUCCUGCGCUCUGGAUGAUAAUGGGAUAAUUUUCCUUCGAAGCCAUCAGAUGUUUCCAGUGGUGGAUUUCACUGUUUUGGAAUGUGUUUGAUGCGCAUUAACCUGUUUGUUUUUUCUCGACAUUUCCUCCUUUGGGGCUUGCCUACACAUUCUGCUUGAUAUUUUUUUAUGUGCCACUUGGAAUUUGUGGAGAUUUCCCCCGUUUGAUUCCACGACCUGUUCAGUAUAAUCAAAAGGGCUUUGAAUGAUGAAAAUCUUUUGAGAUGAAAAGCAGCACUUUUGGGGAUCAUUUCUCGCUUGUGCGCGGCUCGUGCCUCAUCUCGCGCCCCAGCAGCCUGUUGUCCGUGUCCGUGGAGAAACGCGCAACUUUGCCGCGAGCUGGAGCCGGAUCUGGAUCUGGAGUUAGUGGGGCUGCAGCUGGUCUGAGCGGCGCACCAGGGCCACACGCAGGGGGCCAGCAGGAGGGGGACCAACGGAGCGGCCCCGGGGUUCCGCCGUUCUGUGGUUGGACGGGGCAUCCGGUGCAGCUGUGGAGCGCGGAUGAUGAAGACGGUGGCGAUGAUGAUGAUGAUGAAUGGCCCGGCAGCUCGUGCAGGCACCGGGGUCUCGCCACCACCACCACCACCAUUAUUAUUCUGUUUACUGCUGUGCGCUCUCGUCUUUCUCCCGCCGUGCGCUCACUCGCACCCGCAGCCGUGCCAGGUGCUGAAACGGAUCGGCCACACGGUCCGGGUCGGGGCUCUGCACGUUCAGCCGCGCUUCAUCUCCGCCACCACCACCGGGGCUGAUGACUGGGACGCCGAUCGGAGCGGAGAGCGGCGGGCGGAGUUGGAAAAGCAGGUGAAAACAAGUGCCGGUGCGCCCGGAUUUGGAUUUGGGAGCCUCAGGACUAGAGGCGGCGUUAACAGCCAGCGGGGAGCCAGCAGGAGUAAGAGCCAGGCUCGGCAGCGGGAGGAGAACACCUCGAGGGAGAACCGCGUGUUCGCACCCCGAGACUCGGUCCUCCUCGCGGUCGAGGCUCUCAACCGGGCCGGAUUGCUGCCAUAUAAUUUGUCCCUGGAGAUCGUCAUGGCUGUCGGGUCGGGACUCGGCGAGCUGCCCGCCUUCUCCUCCUCCUCUGCGGGCAGCCCGGAGGGCGAAGACCCGCUGUCCUUCUUGGAGAGCGUGUGUCACACCGUGGUCGUGCAGGGGGUUUCCGCCAUGAUCGCCUUCCCGCGGAACCGGGACGAGUUCGUCAAGUUGGAGUUCGUCUCGCUUGCGCUUCAGGUGCCAGUAGUCAGCGUCGUGCAGAGGGAGUUUACGCGCCACAGUGAGAAUCGUCUCCAUUUCCAGCUGGCGAUGCGUAGCGUGGAGGCGCCGCCGUCGCGUCUCCUCGCCACGCUGCUGAUAAUGAACGGCUGGUGGGACAUCAGCAUUCUGCUCUGUCAGGAAUGGGACGUUAGCGACUUCCUGCUCCUCGUCAGAAACAACUCUCGCUUCCACCUGGGCGCUCUCAUCAACCUGACCACCACCGCCGCCGCCACCUCAUCACCGCCUCCAUCUUCAUCAUCUCACUCAGGUGUCGCCGCAGGACCGGAAGCCUCAUCAUCAUCAUCAUCAUCGUCUUUGCCUUAUUUCUCCCCGGCUGCCUCCUCCCCUGCUUCUUCUUCCUCCUCCUCUUCCUCCUCCUCUAAGUCGGACCAGCAGCAGGCUCUGAUGCGGCAGCUGGAGGCGCUGAGAGAAUCGUCAACCACGAGAGGAGUGGUGACGUUCGGGUGCGACAUCCGCGAGGUGCGGCGGCUCUGGACGCUCGCCAGCCGGAUGGCGCUCCCGGAGUUUCACUGGGUUUUGGGGGACAGCCAGAACGUGGCGGAGCUGAGAACGGAGGGGUUGCCGCUGGGGUUGCUGGCUCACGGGAUCAUGGGGUCGCCGUCUGUGGAUCACUACGUGCACGACUCGGUGGAGCUGGUGGCGCGGGCGGUGGGCAGCGCCGCGCAAGAGAAUCCGGCCCUGGCACUCAUACCGGGGACCACCAACUGUAUGGAUGUACAGCAGAGCAACGGCAGCUCGGGGGAAUACCUGUCAAGAUUUCUCUCCAACACAUCUUUUGAGGGCCAGUCUGGUUUAAUGUCCCGAGCCUCUCUGAGCCAGAACGUGGUCUCCGAGGCCCACCACUACAUCUGGUCCCUGCAGCUGGACCCUCUGGGCCAGCCAACCUGGACCCGCAUGGGGCGCUGGCGCCGGGGGAGGGUCCUGAUGGACCAGCGGGCCUGGCCCAGCCACCAGGGCGCCGGGGGCGGGGGCGACUGGCGGCGCUCCACCCGGCUGCACAUGCGGGUGGUGACGCUGGUGGAGCACCCGUUCGUCUUCACCCGGGAAGUAGACGGGGACGGGAUGUGUCCCGCCGGACAGCUGUGCCUGGACCCGCUCACCAACGAGUCUUCGGUCCUGAAGGAUUUUUUCCAGAAUCUGGCAGGACCCAACGGGUCCGUUCCCACGGAGCUGAAGAAGUGUUGCUAUGGUUACUGCAUCGACCUGCUGGAGAAGCUGGCGGAGGACAUGGGCUUCACCUUCGACCUGUAUAUAGUCGGUGACGGGAAGUACGGCGGCUUCAAGAACGGUCGUUGGACCGGGUUGGUGGGAGAUCUGCUCAGUGGCGCCGCACAUCUGGCCGUGACAUCAUUUAGCAUCAACUCAGCCAGAAGCCAAGUCAUCGACUUCACAUCACCGUUCUUCUCCACCAGCCUGGGAAUCCUGGUUCGUACUCGUGACACCGCUGCACCCAUCGGUGCCUUCAUGUGGCCGCUCCACUGGUCCAUGUGGCUCGGCAUCUUCGUCUCCCUUCACGUCACCGCCAUCUUCCUCACCCUGUACGAGUGGCACAGUCCGUUCGGCAUGACGCCACGCGGACGUAACCGCGACCGGGUGUUCUCCUUCUCGUCGGCGCUCAACGUCUGCUACGCCAUCCUCUUCGGGAGGACGGUGGCCAUCAAACCGCCAAAGUGCUGGACGGGCCGCCUGCUGAUGAACCUCUGGGCCAUCUUCUGUCUCUUCUGUCUGUCCACCUACACCGCUAACCUCGCCGCCGUCAUGGUCGGGGAGAAGACCUACGAACAGCUGUCAGGGAUACAUGACCCAAAGUUGCACCAUCCCUCUCAGGGAUUUCGAUUUGCUACAGUGAGAGAAAGCAGCGCUGAGGACUACGUCAAGAAGAGUUUCCCUGAGAUGCACGAGUACAUGAGGAGAUACAACGUCCCGGCAACUCCAGAUGGCAUCCAUCAGCUCAAGGCCGACCCUCAGAAACUGGACGCGUUCAUCAUGGACAAAGCUCUGCUGGACUACGAGGUCUCCAUCGACGCAGACUGUAAAACACUAACAGUCGGCAAACCUUUUGCUAUAGAAGGCUAUGGCAUCGGCCUCCCUCAGAACUCUCCUCUCACCUCCAACAUCUCCGAGCUCGUUAGUCAGUACAAGUCAGAUGGCUUCAUGGACAUGCUGCAUGACAAAUGGUACAAGGUUGUACCCUGCGGGAAACGCAGCUUCGCUGUGACUGAGACGCUGCAGAUGGGUAUAAAGCACUUCUCCGGUCUGUUUGUGAUGCUCUGUGUGGGCGUGGCCUUAUCUCUACUGACCACAAUAGCAGAACACAUCGUGUACAAGCUGGUGAUCCCGAGGGUGAAGGAGCCUCGCUUCAAAUACUGGCUGCACACCAGCCAGAGAUUACACCGAGCCCUCAACUCCGUCUUCACUGAUGACAAACUGCCGACUGUUACCAAGCCUGAGAAGAGGUGCAACGAGGGAAACAACCAGUCAGCCUCUUGGAACCCUGCAGAGACGUCUCUCUGCAACAGGAGACGGGUUCUUCCGCAGGAGAUGCAGAACGACUUGGAGCGUCCGUCCUCCCAGGAGCUCCCCCCCCCACCUCCUCCCUCCCCCCUGCCCCACCGCCACUCCCUCCCCCUGCUGGAGAAACACCUCCCCAUCGUCACCAACUCCAACGGCCGCUCCGACCUGCUGGGCCGGGUGGUGGGCCAGGGACUGGGGCCGGGCUCGGGGCCCGGGCCGGGGGGCUCCGGGCAGGGCAUCACACGCUUGGGCGUGGGCGACUGUGGCCCCGGACUGGGAGUGGGCCGGAACCCACUGGUCCAGGAGCUGUCAGAACUGGAGGGCCAGAUCCUCGUAAUCAAGCAGCAGCUCCAGUCGGCCAUGAGGAGGAAGCGAGAGCUAGAACAGUAUCAGAAAACAGAAAACCAGCAAGCAAACCAGACUGCACCCAGUCAGCCCACUACGCUACAGUCCAACCAGUUCCCCCAGUACACCCAGUCCCACCAGCAGACUAACCAACACACAAACACGCUCCCGGACUUCUGAAGCCUUUGAGGAACCUGUUUUAGACAGACAUGGGUCUAGUUUCCAAAAAACCUUCUGCACGGGUUCUGGAAAAGGAUCCUUGUCUGAGUUUUUUGGAGUUCUGGAAGCUGGAUCCUCCGUUAGACUCAGGAUGUCCCCCCGAACGUUCUCCAGGGAUCGGUUCCUGCAGAACAUUUUCUGACUUCUGGAAGAUUCACUUAGAUGAAGUAUUCGGCAAAAAGGUGAACCAGGGACCCUGAACCAAAUCUGUUCUCUCUCUCGCUUGUCGCUGUCACCGAAGAGCUGUGCAAAAAAAAAACCUUCCUCUUCUGAACCCUUCA